AUGGAAGUAGAGGAAGGUGAGCGGUUACCGUUCAUGGAAGUUGAAUUGUUUCGCUCUAAUGGAACGCUCAAAAAGAAAUUGUUCGGAAAGAAGUCUUAUGCUGGGAUACUACUCAAUUUCCGGUCCCAUCACAAUUACAAGCUGAAGAUUGGAAUAAUGAGGAGCAUGAUCAUCCGAAGCCUGCGCCUUACAGAUGUAGAAUUCUGGGACGAGAAACUGGACAAAUUGACUUGGAUAUUUUUCGGCAAUGGCUACCAAAGCGAAGUAAAACACAUGAAUCUACGGCCCGUGAAAAGCCGACGGCAGAACAGUGACUAUGAAACAACAGUAAGGACGAUGAAAGAUUAA